GAGAAACGUGAUUCGCUGCUGCUGGGAGGUGAAAGGUUAAGUGUCAUGUAGCCACCUAGCUAGCAAAAAACAAUGUUUCGGUGUUUGUUUUUACCACGUUUACUCCCGCUAUAGCGAAAUUUCACACUCGUUCUAGCAGUUCAAUUAUACCCGGUUAAUUUUGACCAUAUAAAACAAUUGUCUUGACGUUCUUUCUCACUUUGAAGGGAGGACUUUAUGCUACUGGAUCGCAAACUGUCCCGUGUCUUCCUCCAGGCAGGCUUAUGUGUCAAAAACUGACCUUGUAGCUACUGUCAGUUGAAGGACGGUUUUAAGGUUCUGUCCUUAGCAAUGGCACACGCCAGGCUGCUCCCCAUAUUCAGAAUCGCUACUGCAAGUUCGACCCAAACGCGAGUCGCCUGGGGUGGACGGUGCUUCCGAAAACAUGUUAGCACUUCAGCUUCGCGAGCGCAGAGCUGCAUGUCUGCCUGGGUCAUCGACCAGUUUGGCACGAACGAAAUGCUCAGGUACUCUGAAGAUAUCCCAGUGCCCACGAUCACCUCGUCCAGCCAGGUGAUGAUCCAAGUGCACGCUGCCAGUCUCAACCCUUUGGAUGUGUCCAUGAGAGCCGGGUAUGGAGCUAAAUUGCUCAAGCUACGAAAGGACCCAUUUUCCACAAUGGACGAUGGUAGUGGUUUUCCUCUGAUCCUGGGUCGAGAUGUGUCUGGUGUUGUGGUGGACUGCGGAUCUGAGGUUGCACACUUUGUUCCAGGAGAUGAGGUUUGGGCUGCUGUUCCCCCGUGGAAACAAGGCAGCCUGGCAGAAUUUGUCAAUCUGACCGAGUUUGAGGUGUCCCACAAGCCGAAAUGUUUGAGUCACAUGGAGGCGGCAUCCAUCCCCUACGUAGCCAGCACUGCGCUGUCUGCACUCGUUAAUGCGGGUGGUCUUUGCAGAGACAGCUCCUUGAAUAAAAGAGUUUUGAUUACUGGAGGCUCAGGAGGCGUUGGGACGUUUGCAAUUCAGUUGGCAAAGGCCUGGGGUGCCCACGUUACAGUCACUUGCUCUCAGAACGCCGAGGGCCUCGUCAGAGGGCUCGGAGCCGACGAGGUGGUGGACUACACUGCGGAAGAUGCGGCGGACCACCUCGAAAUGAUGGAGAGAUUUGACGUGAUUUUGGAUGGCGUGGGCGGGGACACUGAGGAGUGGGCGGUGGGCUUGCUCAAACCCUGGUCUGGGGCGAAGUACGUCACGCUGGUAACCCCUUUGCUCUUCAAAACGGAUUCUCUCGGCCUGGUGGAUGGACUCGUUGACGCCGGAUCCAACCUGGGCACCAAAGUCAUACAGAAUAUAAUAUCAAAUGGCAUCUUCUACCGCUGGGGGUUCUACGCUCCAGAUGGGCCCGCCCUGGAUGAGGUCAGCAAGCUGGUAGAUACCGGGAAGAUCUUGCCAGUGGUGGAGGCCCAGUUCGCAUUCAGCCAGGUCCCUCAGGCUUUCCAGAAGUUGGAGAGCGGCCACGCCAGAGGCAAGACGGUCGUCAGCGUGACCGAGGAGCAAGAUGGAGAGGAGCAAGACAUGCGCCAGAACGCGGCGCAGGAAACGGUAACGCAAAGCUAGCUCCAGCGCAGAGAGAACGAAGCCGUGCCGAUUCUUCUCCGUACAACCUCAGGUUGCAAACUCCAAAGAGACGAGAUAAGUUAAAAAAAAAUGGAACCCUCAAGACUUCUUGAAGACUGUAUAACAAGAUGCCUGAAUGAUGACGUUGCUUUGGUUACCAAGACCAGAGCCUCUCAAAUGGCUAAAAAGAUAAUGCAAUGGUGUCAUGGCAUAGUCUCAUUUCAGGAUUGAGUGUGAAAAGGCAAACAUCCCGUGUUGACAAUUUUUGAGGGCACUCACAAUUUCUUUCUUGAGGUCACUAUAAACAUCUAUCUAUUUGCAGGCUCUAAAUUAUUAUUCCUAAAGUGCAUGCUUAUUAUUGUCCUGUAAAAAGUAUUUUCAUAGUGAUUUUGUUGUGUCAUCAUGCGGGCUCGAUUAAAUUAAAAGUUCAUACAAGGUGAGCUGAGGUAAGUCGAACUUUUGUUUUUAUUGCUGAAGAAUGUGUGAUAUAACGUUGGGAAUAAAAAUACAUGAGACGCGUUAACACUGUUUUAAGUUAAUUUACAAAAUGGGUACAUUGAUUCAUUCACUGGGGGAAAAAAAA